AUGACUCCAGUUGAGAUGCACGAAUACAAUAAUGUAAACGCUUCUUGCUCAAAGAGACUGACGCCUGGAAAAAAAAGUAUUUAUCCUUUUGUGCUCUCUAAUACUAAUCCUUUCGUGGUCUCAUCAUCUGAAGGAGAAGAAAUAAAAGAAGGUAAAAAGCGGAUUAUGGGUAAGCAGGGCGAGAGGAGUGAAUCAGAAAAAGAAGAGAGUGAUAGCGAAGGGUGGACAGUAAGUGUCAAUAAAAAAAGAGGAGGCAAACCCGGUAGCUAUAGUAAAGGUAGAGGGGGUAGACGUAGACAUGUCAAAAAGUAG